AUGCUGAUCCCACUCGGACUAUGGACGUUGCUAGUAGCCGCGGUCAUGUCCGCGGCCAUCUCGAACGAUAAGCCUACAUUGCCAGACAGAGCGGAUGUUUAUCCUGGUGAACCGCCUGGACCACGUACAUCAUUUGUUGUAACUUCCAAGUUCUGCGUCAUCCUGCUAUCUGGGCUACUUGGAUAUCGCGUUCGAAUACUUGACCGCCAGCCCUUCAAUCGCAUAACCUUGACCCAGGUCUACGUCUUCAUCCUCUACUUCCUCUCGAUUGGCUUCGCUUUCUCGGCGGCAGUCGUAAACAACGGCCUAGGGCUAGGAACAAACGCUGUCUGCAAGGUCGCCAUGAGGCUGUGCAUCGUCUUCUAUGCCGGCAGUAAAGUGAGCAUGUGA